AUGGCGACAACACUCACGUUCCUCGUCGCCGGGAACCCCUUCCCCCCUUUGCACCCUAUCCGCCGCCCCUUCAGGAUGCCGGUCACGAACACCACCUCGCAGCCCGUGAACAUCGGCACCAUCGUCUUCCCGGCCAUGGACAUGCUCGACAUCUUCGGCCCCCUCGACGCCCUUCAGCUCGUCGCGAAGAACCGCCACCUGAACCUCCACCUCGUCGCCGCGACCCUCGACCCCGUCACCACCGCCCCGCAGGCCGCCGGCAUGAAUCCCUUCAACUCGUCCUUCUGGCCCACGAUCCAGCCCACCGCCACCUUUUACGACGAUCUCGACCUCGACGUCCUCAUCGUCCCCGGUGGGCCCGGCAUCCGCGCCCCCGGCCUGGAGCCCAUCGUCGAGUACGUCAAGCGUUACUACCCCCGCGUGAAGCAUCUCAUCACCAUUUGCACGGGCACCAGCUUCGCCGCCCGCGCGGGGGUCCUGGACGGCAAGAGUGCCACCACGAACAAGGCGGCCUGGAAGCUGAUCACGGACAUGGGGCCGAACGUGAAGUGGGUUUCGCCGGCGCGGUACGUGAACGACGGCAACGUCUGGACUUCGUCUGGUAUCACUUCCGGUCUGGAUUUGAUCAUCGCUUUCAUCCACCAGAUCUACGGCGAGGAGAUGGCCACCAAGAUCAGCAGGAUUAUGGAAUACAUCCCCAACGCCGCCGAUUGGGAUCCCUUUGCUGACAUCAAUGGCGUCGAGCCCACGGGCCGCUACUGA